AUGGACGGCUUCAAUGGUGCUCCUCUUGAACAUGGACUUCAGGUUGGAAUUGUCGGUGCCGGGGUUGCUGGACUCGGCGCUGCUAUUGCUUUGAGAAGAAUUGGCCACGAUGUUGAGGUAUUCGAACGGUCUCAAUUCAAGAACGAAAAUGGUGCUGCUGUCUCACUUACACCGAACGGUGGUCGAGUCUUGGAACACUGGGGGUUCGACCCUGUCAAAGCCGGGGGCAUUGAGAACAAACAGGCCCGUCGACCAAAGGGUGACACUCUCGAACCGAUGGCUCCAACAAUAAACUUUGCCAACGUGGAGCAGCAAUACGGCAAUAAAUGGCACUUCUAUCAUCGAGUUGACAUGCAUCGAUACCUGAGAGAGAUGGCCGAAGCAGCGGGAGCCGUCAUCCGACUGGGCACCCAGGUGAUGGACGUUGAUCCCGAGACUGGAGUGAUUGAUCUCCGAGACGGGUCGCAAGCUCAGAAAGAUCUUGUCAUUGUCGCAGAUGGCCAACAUGACCGCAUCAAUGCAAAAAUCACCGGCAAAGCAGUGCCGAUGCAGCGGAGCGGCCAAACAGCUUACCGCUGCCUCAUCCCCAUGAAGGAUAUCCUGGAAGAUGAUGAGACCAGACCACUGUUCGAGAACCAGCCAGCAGGAUUCUGGGCUCCCGCUCUGCCAGCCAAGGGCGUCAUGGUGGUGUCGUAUCCGUGCAGAAACAACGAAAUCCUCAAUGUGGUGGCAGUCCACCGCAAACUCGGUCAACACGCAAUGAACGACGACGACGUCUUUAUUGACGACUGGAACUUUCCCGCCACCCACGAAGACCUGGACAGGGUCAUGGACGGCUUCCACCCCAGAGUCAGGAAGCUGAUGUCCAAGUCGCCCGAGGUCAAAGUCUAUACCCAAAUGAAGCGGGAGCCCUUGACCAAGAUGACCAAGGGCAAAGCUGUCUUGAUCGGCGAUGCUUGCCAUCCCAUGCUCCUGACUCAUGCCCAGGGCGUAUCUUCGUCGAUCGAGGAUGCCGCGGCUCUGGAGAUCUUCCUCGCCGACGUUCCUGGCUCGGAGGGCGUCUCUUCGGCUGCGUCCGAGAAACUGCUGCACCGAUUGGAACAGUUCGAAAAGUUCCGUCUUCCACGGGUCUGUGCUACACAGAUCAUGACCGAUCCUGUCGUCCCCGGGCCACAGGCUGCGGCCAACUUUGCGAAACAAGAGGCUGAGAUUCGAAAACACUAUUCCGGCCCGCUGCCUCCUACUGGGUCAAUGCCUCAUAGUCCGCCGAUCUGCGACUUCUUCUUUGGCUAUGAUGUGAGAAGAGAGGCUGUGGACUUCCUGAACGGAGCCAAUGCCGCUGAAGAGGAGAGGGCUGGACUCGGAGAUGCAGUCGCAACUGAGGUACCCUCUACAGUUGACCAGGAGGAGGCCGUGCCAGUCCUAGCUCCUGUGCAAGGCCAAAUCGAGAAGCGAGUCGUUGGAGUAUCGACUAUGGAGCCACCACGUCCUACUUACAAGAAAGUUAGCGAAAGCCUUGCGCCUAUCCAGGAGCAAGUCGAGGAGAUUGUCCUUGUUGACGCGUCUGCACCUGAUCUGGACACCCCCAGCCCACUGGAGCAAAGAAUACUAGAUCUGGAGCGCAAGCUGGCGGAAAUGGAGAGCAAACUGGCCCGAUUAAGCGUGCAUAUCACAACCACCGAGGUCCAACCGACACCGCCGCAGACGCCGCCGGCUGUUCAUGACAAAAUGCCUUCUUUGGUACUGUCGUGA